GAUGCCUGCCUGCUUGCCUGCGGAAGCAGUCGCUGGCCCAGCCGAACACUAUUUUAUCCUAAGUCCGACUUUUCAUAGCAACAUGACCUCCUGAAGACAAGAAUGACUGCCCCCUGCCAAUUACAGGUCUACAGAUCCUCAGUCAACGGAGGACCCCAUUAAAAUUCUGCAGCCUUCAUGCCGCAAUUCGGGGUCUUGUCUCUACCUGUUGUUCCCUAUGCCCGCAGAUUCGGUGCUUUCAUUCUCAAAAGGUGCACCGAUCCUUGUCCAUGUAGUCCCCCGGCACAUGAUUCCGGCCCUCAGUCACAACAUGGUCACAACAUGUCUGGUGCCCCAGCUUCCAGGUAGUAAGAAGCAUCUGCUGCGCCACCGAUCGAGGAAGCUUUGCAUGUUGCAGUGACCGUCUUGAGAAGCGUCAUCAUCACCAUCAGAUUUGAAGAAAAUUCAGCCUCGCUUGGAUGGUCUUAGACCAUCGCCAGAGCAGCAGCAUAUUGAGAUGAACCUGCAUGUGGCUGGCUGGCUAGAGAUCGGCAAGCAAUAAACUUACGCUCUACCUGCUGUGGAUGGGCGGGCCCUCAUGUUCCGCGGACGGUUCAUUAGAACAGAGAUGAGCAGUUGUCGCUAGCCACAUCUGAGCUUGACAUACGUAUUGAUCACCGAGCCUCGGUGAUCAAUAAUUAUUCGGUCUCCGCUAAGGCUGGAAAACUGUGUGGGAUGGCUGUUUGAUACACGCAGAUUCCUAAACUUGAAAGCUCAGGGAUUGGAAGAUGUCGGUGUUACGACUUGAACGAGAGUGCAGUUUGGGAAGAUCUCGAGCUCCGUACUGGUCAUUACUCAACGAGGUCCUCGUGGACAGCGUUUUGUUUGGUGGUAGCGACGGAUUCCAACAUUGUCAAAUGCGUCUCUUGGCUUACACUGUGCUAUGAAACGCAACAUGGGGGCCCGGCACACUUGGUACAAAAUGUUCGGCCUUUCUGCAGGCCGGCAGCGGGCGAGUGGAAUCGAAAGAGAGAUCAGAUGACGUGUAGAUCUCUAUCCAAAACGACGUUUCGAGACUCGUCGAAUCCUUGACUAACUGAGAUCAAUGGUCACACAGCAAGUAUCGCAGGUUCCUCCAUGCUGUAGCUGCAGCGCAGCGUUGUCUGCGAGGAGGCUCAUUAUGAGUGCUCGCUACUGCCAACGAUUGUGACCAAAUAGUCCAGAAAGAAGAUUCGGCUUUUGCCAGAAAGCUGCAUUCGGAAAUUAGGCCUAAUAAGUCGAUAAAAAACUUCCCGGAUUGAACAGAAACAUGGAGAGUGUGGAUAGAGUUCACGUGGGUCUAGAUUGUAUCGACAUCCUGGAUUGUGAAGCACUGUCAUGAUGUAUGAGCAAGCUAUAUUGGUGACUGCGAGUCAGACCGACCCUUCAUAUCCAUCCAUACCCUUGAACGACUCUUGCAGCCUGAGUCCAGUUCCUAGGCCCUUACACUCUUCCCACAAGCCUCCUGUUCAAGGGCGGUGGGUGUGGAAUGGAAUUUGGCGGUACCAACUAUCACUGGCCACUACAACUUUCGAAGUUCUGAUUAUCUGCUUCAAGCACAAGUAGUCGGUCAUCCUCAAGUGAGCCAAAUCCUGAGCAAAAAUAUGAAAUGGCUCGCUCAGUUGAUGGACUUUCCGCUUUUUUCAGCCUAAUUAGUUCCAUCGGCGUUAGUCGGAGGUUAUUCUUCGAUCGCCUCCGUCGUGGCAUGUUGGCCUCUCCAAUUCCUACGAGGUCUUGCUUCACAAUUUUCGUGCUUCAGUUGUACUCGAGCUCGAUGUACAACAAAAAGUACAGUAGUCCCUGGUCCAAAAACGUACAGAGGUCGUCCGUCUCAACGUACAGACCACAAUGAUCAGACGCAUAGUUCGAACUUAAUGGAGAGACUCAGAAGGGAGUCAUGUUGGAUGCUAGAGGUUGUACCUGGACGACAUUAUUCCUCCUUUGACCGGGUUCCAGGAGUCAUGGCUGUGUUUUUCAAUUGUAGAAGUGUUGUUUGCAGAAUACAUGGGAUAAGCAGAAAAUACUCAACGUGGAAUAACUGUCAUGACUGCACGAACGUAAGUUCGUGCUGCAUCGUGCACUGGAAACGCUGUCGAUGGAAGCAAUUCAGGGCUGAAGGGAGCCCGGGAGUCCUAAUGGGGUGCGGAUCGGUUUGGCAAUUCGAUGCGUAUGCUGAGCAAGGGGACUUGGGGAUAGCACCGUCCUGAUAUGGUUCGGAUGCCGUUCGUUCCAGCAGUUUUUCAUUUAAUAUAUUUUAUUCUUCUUAAUCUCAAUUCUUCUUGGCCUUAAGGACCUCGAAGACCUCGUAAUAAGUGAAUUUUUGUCACUUCAUCUUUCUGUAUUUUUAUAA